CGGCGCUGUGAAAUAAAGUGAGUGGGAGCGGAGGCGUUCAGAAGUAGAGCCGCUCCACUUUGAUUGGAGGAAGUACUACAUCAACAAAGAAAGAUGGCCGAAGUGAUAGAGCUGCAGAAACUCAAGCUUGCUGAACUGAGGCAGGAGUGCGAGGCCCGAGGUCUGGACACCAAGGGAAACAAAGGAGAGCUCAUUGCCCGACUGCAAGCCUAUCUGGAUGAGCACGAGGAAGAUGUGGAUGUAGAUGACGUGCUGGCAGAGGAUACAGAGGACUUUCCUAAAGUUGAGAGUGCUAACGAUGUAAAAGACGAGAAGGAUUCCGAGUCUACUGAGUGCGAGCCACCUGCUGAUAAGAAGGUGGUGAAAAUAGCUCCUCCGUCAUCUACCGGUGAAAGACUCCAAAAGAGAGCUGAACGUUUCAACCUGCCUGCAACAGCAGAGAGCAAAAAGGCCAUACGUGCAGCAAGGUUUGGUGAAUCCACAGAGAAUACCAGUCCCGCUCCAGGCGGCGUUGCGAACAGCAAAGCUCCUGUCAACGUUGAUCAGCUGAAGAAGAGAGCAGAACGAUUUGGUAUGAACGUUUCGUCCGUUUCACAAAAGAUUGAAGAGGACGAAAAGCUGAAAAAGAGGAAGGAGAGGUUUGGGGUCACAGCAGCUGCAGGCGUAGCUGUUUCAGCCGAUGUCGAGGCAAAGAAAAUGAAGCGGGCUGAAAGAUUUGGAAAGAGUGAAUAAUGUUUUUAGAGCCUGCGUGUUUUUUUUGUAAAGCAUUUUCAUUACUGCACAACACAGAGAUCCCUGAAGAUGACAAAUGUCACUAAUGGGAUUCCUGUAAAUCAAAAGUAUGAUUAAAUGCAAAGAUAAAUGGGUGAGUUGGAUCAUUUUUUUUCUUCCCCCAAGGCAUUUUAUGCCUUUUAAUUGAUAAUGGUAAUGGACAGAGAACAGCGGGAUGACAUGCAGCAAACAGUCCUGCCAGCCGGUUUGAAAUACCAACAAAUAUAGGAAAUAGCUCCCAAUUAUUUACUCAGCCUCACGUCGGUGGAUAAUGUAAAACAGAAAAAAGCAUUUCAUUCAAACCACCUAUUUAUUAUUUACUGGGGGCAUCAUUUUCUCAGUCCUGGGAGGCUUUCAAGCAUGUUAUUUUUCAAUUUCCGUUCACUUUCGUUAAGGAAUUGGAGGAGCGUUUUAUAAAAUGCCUAGGCAGCGAUGUUAGCUUCUAUGUAACAGAGGUUUUUGUUUUACUCCUCUUUUCCUUUUCGUUCACUGCUUUCUCCAAGCUGCAUUGAAGUCCAUUAAUCCAGUCUUUAUCACAGUAACAGGCUGCCAGCUGUUUAGGGGAAAUACUUUGAUUUCUUGCUGUUUAAUCUUAAAUCAAAAUGGUGCUUUCAACCCUUCGAAAUUUCCCAAAUCGAGCGGAAAACGGGAGCAAGUCGAAGCAAAGGGUGCGUUUACUGUGAAGCAGCUACAGGAAGCGUGAAGGGUCGAAAUCUUCGCUUGGUAAAAGUUGUCUUAAAUCUAGAUUCGGACAUUUUGGGACUUUUUGGUGAGCGCAUUACUUUGAACAGACUAUUACAGUUAUAACUAUAAGACAAGCAGGUCAGAACCCAGUGAGGUACUUACCUGUUGGACAGAGAUAAGAAUGGAAACUCAAAUUGUAUCUACGCCUACAGUUAGCAGGAACUAAAAAAACAACCUGGUAUCUAAAAAUAUCCUCAUUAUAUGACAUGCAAACAAGGAAAUUAGAAACGUUAAGCCAUGGAUAUAAAAAUGUGUAAUACAUUCCUUCAAAGACCAAGAAAAUCAAAGUCAAGUUUAACAGCAAACAAAGUUUAUGGUAGUUGAAAGAUGAAAAUAAAUCCUGUAUUUCUGUUUAUUGGUAAGUAAUGCAAUCAAACCUAAACCUUUUUUUUUUUUUUUAAAUAAUCCAUUGAAAUGAUUGAACUCACUUAUUUGUAUUUACUGUGAGUAUUUAACUGUACUUUUGAUUUAACAGAGCCUAUUAUUUCUGUGUUUUCUCUUUGGGAUUGCAUUGGUUCAUUGCUUCAGUUAUCUGUCCAUUUUAUAACAUUUUGUGGUUUAAAAUAAAUUGUUUUAAAUUUUUUGA